AUGAACUUGUCUUCUGUCAACAACACUGUCAGUGCAGCUGGGCAAAUGCGGGACAGCUUUACCACAGCUGUGAUCAAGAAUGUGAUCGUCACAGUCCUCUGCAUCUCCAUUAACUACAUCAAUGGAACUCUGCUGCACACCUUCAGGAAGCACCAGAUCCUCAAUUCAAACCCCCGCUACAUCCUGUUCAUCCACCUGGUGAUAAAUGACAUGAUGCAGCUGGCCCUGUCAACUCUUCUCCAUGUCGUCAGCUAUGCCCUGUUCAAAAUCGCCAUGCCUUUCUGCGUCAUCAUCCUGACCAUUGCUGUCGCCACCACCCAAAACACCCCGCUAAAUCUGGCUGGCAUGGCAGUGGAGUGCUACAUCGCCGUCUGCAUGCCCCUCCGUCACGGCCAGAUCUGUUCGGUCAAGAAAACCUACAUUCUUAUUGGUCUGAUUUGGGUUGCGAGUGCAUUUUAUGUCCUACCAGACCUGUUUUUCCUCCUGGCUACAGAGCCUCUGGAGUUGUUUCAGUCUAAAGUGUUUUGUGCCAGAGAUUAUGUGUUCAGAGGAACCACAAAGAAGCGAGACGUUUCACACAUUGUUUGUCUGGUCCUGGUUUGGCUCACACUCUUUUAUACUUACUUUAGGAUUCUGUUUGCUGCUAAAGGGGCAUCUACAGACAUGAAAAAAGCCAGAAACACUAUUCUCCUCCAUGGCUUUCAGCUGCUCUUAUGCAUGCUUUCCUAUGUGAGACCCAUGCUCGAACAAGGCCUGAUCUACCUCAUGCCCAAACAGCUGCUGAGCAUACGCUUUACUUUUUAUGUCAUUGUCCAAAUCCUGCCACGGUUUGUCAGUCCGAUUGUCUACGGACUACGAGACCAGACCUUCAGGAGAUACGUAAGGAAGUACUUCCGGUGUUCGUAA